AUGGUAUGGAAGAACAGAAGGACGAACAGAAGGACGAACAGAAGGACGAACAGAAGGACGAACAGAAGGGCGAACAGAAGGACGAACAGAAGGACGAACAGAAGGACGAACAGAAGGACGAACAGAAGGACGAACAGAAGGACGAACAGAAGGACGAACAGAAGGACGAACAGAAGGACGAACAGAAGGACGAACAGAAGGACGAACAGAAGGACGAACAGAAGGACGAACAGAAGGACGAACAGAAGGACGAACAGAAGGAAGAACAGAAGGAAGAACAGAAGGAAGAACAGAAGGAAGAACAGAAGGAAGAACAGAAGGAAGAAGAGAAGGAAGAAGAGAAGGAAGAAGAGAAGGAAGAAGAGAAGGAAGAAGAGAAGGAAGAAGAGAAGGAAGAAGAGAAGGAAGAAGAGAAGGAAGAAGAGAAGGAAGAAGAGAAGGAAGAAGAGAAGGAAGAAGAGAAGGAAGAAGAGAAGGAAGAAGAGAAGGAAGAAGAGAAGGAAGAAGAGAAGGAAGAAGAGAAGGAAGAAGAGAAGGAAGAAGAGAAGGAAGAACAGAAGGAAGAACAGAAGGAAGAACAGAAGGAAGAACAGAAGGAAGAACAGAAGGAAGAACAGAAGGAAGAACAGAAGGAAGAACAGAAGGAAGAACAGAAGGAAGAACAGAAGGAAGAAAAGAAGGAAGAACAGAAGGAAGAACAGAAGGACGAAGCGGAACUCCUCUGCUUCUGGUGACUCGCUUCUUGAGGCGCCAAAGAUCCACAUGC